ACUUUGUACAAUAUUUAUACAAUAAUAUAACAUUUUGUUAUUCCUAACAUCCUAUUCCAAGAGGAGCCUUGCAAGUAAUUUUUUUAUUUCUUUUUACUAUACACAACAUUUAUAGCUCUGAACAUUUUACACUGAUGGUAUACGCCUUGUCAUGUAGCAGAGUCAUAGACUUAGUAAAAGACAGUAGUAGACCUCCUAAUUCUUCAUGAGUCAAAAUCUAUUUUAUUAAAAGUAAGAACCAGCAGUAUUUCGAAGUAACCACCAGAGAACCACCUAUAUUAUGAAGUAACCAACAGAGAACCAGCAGUUUUAUACUGCCAAAGGUAGCACAUUUCAUAAAAAUGCAAUAUUAAGAAUGCAAUAUUUUUAAGUUAUUAUUAACGAAGUAUGCAAAAUAAUUAUUAAAUUCUGUAUAUAAUAGUUUAACAUUGUGAUAUACGAAAAAGUUUUUUGACGUAGUAGGUAACCUUUAAUAUUACGGAAGGAAGGGUUAAUAAUGGCUUUUCACAAUUGUUUUUGUAGGUUCACGUAUACAAUGAAUGUGUAAUAUGUACCAUUAUGAGUAGUGUCAAUGAGGUCCCAUCAGAUGAUAGUGAGAAAGUUGAAAUAUCUGUAAGAGAAAUUACAAAUCAAGAAAAGCAGAUAUUUAUAAAGAAUAAGUUGGAAACAUCCUGUCAGGGAUCAAACACUCAUUUGUUUAGAUUAGAGCAAGAUGUUCCAAAUGUUUGCUCUUUGUUUUCUUUUUUAAAUGUAACAGCAGUUGCAUUAGGAGGUGAACAUGCCCUGGUUUUGACUGCACAGAAGCAACUUUUUUCCGAGGGUUCUAAUGACUAUGGCCAACUUGGACUGGGUGAUAGAAGUAAAAGGAGUGGGCUGUCUUUGGUUCAGCAGUUUGCUGAUAUUGAUGUCAAACAUAUGUCAUGUGGAGCUCGUCAUAAUGCAAUAGUCUGCUAUGAUGGUACUUUACUUUGUUGGGGAGAUUCUAGAGCAGGGCAAUGUGGUCUUGGUGCAAAGGGAGUUUUUACAACACCGACAAAAGUAAAUUUUCCACCAUUAUGUAAGGCAAGUCUCACUAUUGACCAAGCUUCCAAAAACAAGUUAAGUACCUGUAUUAGGGAAGUAUCAUGUGCUGAACUCUUUACCAUUACCAUUGAUUCGAGGGGUAUACUCUGGUCUUGGGGAAAAGGUUUGGGAAUGGGCCAUGGAAAUAAAUUAGAGGAAUGCACCGUACCAACCCUCGUUAGAGGUUUGCGUAAUAAAAAAGCUGUAAAGGUUGUGUGUGGUUCAUUCCAUUCUGUUGUUGUUACUCAAGAUGAUGAUGAAGAUGCUCAAUUUAACAUUCAAAGUCCAGAUUACCGGACUGCAUCAAUAUCAAGUACAUAUUAUUCAGAACUUCAAAAUAGAAGAAGUGCAGAUACAUCUAGAGUCCCAUUCCUGCAAAGUACAUUUUUUAGCUGUGGUGAAGAUUCACAAAUGUAUCGCUCACACUCUGAUACAGAGUUAGAUUCCCAUGGUGCAGCAUAUUCUAAAAAAGAGGGAAAAGCUGUAUCCACUUCAGAGAUUGAUCUUCACCAUAUAAAAGAGAAAGGUCUAAAAAAUGCAUUCCUGCUUGAGAACUUAACAUACCAUAAACAGACUUCUAAAACCUUUGUGCAUAGUGAUGAGAGUUCUUCUAGUUCUGCUGAUGUGCCCUCUAUGGUGUCCUCACAGUAUUAUUCAGCUGUUGAUAUGAGACUAUCCCCUGAAGGAAAUGUUUCAAGUAAUAAUGACGAGACAAGUACACCAAAAAUACCUGAUUCAGUUAACACAGCUGACUCAACAAAAUUUUGUACACCCGAAUUGUCUUUAAUAAAUAAUGACGAUAACAUAAAUGAAACAACAUUUUCAAUUUCACAAGCUGAAAAUAAUAACACAAGUGAUGUUUCCCUAAAUGAUGAAACUGAUGGACUUUUUCUUGGCAAGAAAUCUUUAUUUGGACAAAAUAAUCAAGACAAUGACAGCCUAGUGACUUUACAUAGUUUUAAUUUAACUGAUGAUGUAAUCGCCUCUGAUCCAAGUUUGGGCCGCUUAAAAAGUGAAGACGAAACUAAUAUGGGUAGCUUAGAAACAGUCUUGUCAACCGAAGUCUGGAGUUGGGGAGAAAAUGCUUAUGGUCAGUUAGGACAUGGUGAUGUAAUGGAGAGGUUGGAGCCAAUGGUGAUAAAAAAGCUGUCUGGUAAACAAAUAGUUUAUAUAGCUGCUGGUUCAUAUCACACACUUGCUGUUAAUAUACAUGGGCAGGUUUAUGGUUGGGGUGAUAAUACGUUUGGUCAACUUGCACAGAACAAAACAGUGAUACCCACACCAAAAAAAGUGAAGGUCUUAGCUGAAUCAAGGGUUUGGGAUGUUGCAGCUGGAAGAAACUUCUCUCUUUUUCUUGGUGACAUAGAAAGAAAAAAGACUGAAGUCUUCUUUUCUGGUGACAUUGCAAGCCAAAAGGUUGAUCGAUCUGUUUCUGAUCCAAUCAUAAAAAUAGCAGCUGAUAAAAAGAAAUCAGAAGGUCGAUGGAGAUUGUCAAGGCGAUCAAAGCGAAGUCCUGAUGGAUCUAGUGCCCCCAAUUUUAUUGAUAUUCAGCUGCGGAAAUUAACGCACUUUGAUAAGAAUGAAGUUGUUAAGUGCUUAGCAUCAAAUGACUUUUCAUUUGCAUGUAUUACUGAAAGAUUUGGAAGUGGUAGUACACUCGAACCCAUUUACAAGUUUGCUCGUGGCGAAAGAUUAUUUCAACAACAACUUACAAUCAUUCAAAAAGCUGUGAUUGAACCUCUUAUUCAGACAGAUGCUUGGUUAAGUAUAACAAAGCUACCUGGUGGCGAGGCUAUGAUACCAUUAAUUGAUAGUUUUGUAGACUUAUUGAAUGGAAUUAACACCGAACUUGCACAUUUAACUGAAGUUGUACGACAUAGUUUACGAUCACAGGAAUUAUUUUCAUACUUGUUUUCAGAUAGUUUUAGAGGAGUCUAUGAUAGAUACUCUCAAUGCUACUGUGAUGCUGUAGCUGUUGGUCAUAUGACGGCUUGCAACAAACAAACUAGUAGUAUCAUCAGCAAACUAAAGGAUGUAAUGAGUGACCUAGAAAAAAUUUUAUCUCUUUCACAAGCCACAUUCGAGAGUUUGUUAAAAGCACCGUUAAUGCGAUCUCAUGUUUAUUGUGACAUUGCAAAGAGAAUAUCUGGACAUUGUCAGAGUAAAACAGAAUCAGAACAUUUAAAAGAGGUUAUAACAAGAUGGUUACAAUUUUCAGAUGUCAACAUGAAGCGCAUGGUUUUAGCUGCUUCAACAAGCAAAUACUGGCAUGAGUGCCAUGCUAAAAUUUCGGAAGCACUGAAGGAUCCACAGAGAAGAGUUUUAAAGUCAAGUAAAUACGAUCCAUUGAGUUUAUCAAGAGCAUCUCGCUUAUCAAGUCAUUCUUACAUCCUUUGUAAUGAUGUUUUUGUUCAUGUACAGUUUACUAGAACAUUUCAAGUUUUUCCAUUGGUUACGUUAUGGGCUGAUUCUGCUUUUGACACAGAUCAUACUCAAAAUGCAAUUAAAAUUACAACUCCUGAAGAAUCUUUUGUUUUAUCUGCUGGUACACCUGCUGGAAAGGUUGUAUGGUUAACAGAGUUAAAUCAAGCUAUAGCAUCGUGUUUAUCGGCGUGCUCAUCGCAUAAUUUGGAUGUCGGUUCAGUAAAUGCAUCUUCAGGUUUAUUGAAAGCAGCAGUUGCGCGUGAAGCUUCGUAUACUUACGUAAAUCAUCCAAUAUUUAAAACUGCAUCAUAUAAAGGAAUGUGGAUGGCAGGAGUACCUCAUGGAAGAGGAAAAAUGUCUUGGAGCGACGGCUCGUGCUAUGAAGGUGAAUUUGUGAAAGGCCAAUUCCAUGGCUAUGGUCAAAUGUUUUGGCCAAAAAGUAGUACCGGUACUUAUGAAAAGACAUACGAUGGAGAGUGGUUUGAAGGUCAUAUGUGUGGCCAUGGAACCAUGCGUUAUGGUCUGGGUGAUGAAUAUGUUGGCAACUUUAAAGACGACAUGCGGCAUGGUCAUGGUACUUUAAAGUCCUCGCAAAACAAAACUAGCCUGGAUACAAUAUAUAUUGGAGACUGGGCUAAUGACAUGAAAUCUGGUUACGGUGUUCUGGACUAUAUUGUCAGAGGAGAAAAGUACAUGGGAAUGUGGUCAAACGAUCAAAGACAAGGUUAUGGAGUUGUGGUUACAGUUGAUGGUGUUUAUUAUGAGGGAAAGUUCUUCCAAAAUCGACUUGCUGGUAAAGGUAUCCUGUUAAGCGAGGAUGAUACAUGUUAUGAAGGUGAAUUCACAGCUGAUAUGCUGCUGAGUGGAAAGGGCAUAUUGACUUUACCAAAUGGAGACUACAUCGAUGGCACUUUUUAUGGAAACUGGGGCGAGAGUAUAAAAGUAAACGCCGUGUUUUCGAAGUUUAUAAAUCCAAUGGUGCAUGAUAACUCGGAUAAUUCACGUGGAAAUCAGCUUGGAACAACAGAUUUUACCAUUGAUGCUGACGCAAAAUGGAAAUCUUUAUUCCAAGAAUGCUUGGCUGUGUUAGGCUGUGGAGAUGAGCUUGAAACCGAGGCUGAACGAGCAUGGAAGAAUGUGACGAACGCUGUACUGAAAGCAGCAGGAUCGAUGAGAUCACGGCGUGUAUCAACGCGAUUUGAUAUCGAUUUCGUACGAAAGACAAACUUUAAAGAUCAUAUCCAACUUGCAAAUAACUUUAAAGCUUUGCAAGAAUAUCUUUCUCAGGCACUCGAUACUGCUGGCCACCCUCUCAACGUUUUAGUUGAAGGUUUGGUUGAUGUAUACAGAGCGACGUACGUGGGUGUGGGUGCCCAUAGAAGGUUGCUGCCACACGCUGUUGCUGAAGCAAAGUCGUAUGUGACAAGACUGUUCAAUGUUCUUAGAGUUCUUUUCCCUGAUUUACACGAUGAAGAAUUCGUUUUACUGUCGAAUGAAACAGUUGAUGGUGUCGUGGAAACACCGAUAAACAGCAUGUCGCUACUUCAUCCUUUAUUGUUACCUCGAUUGUACCCGCCUCUGUUUACACUGUAUGCCUUACUCACGGAGAAGACCGAUGCUAUAUAUACGGAAAAACUAUACUACUUGAAUAAGCGAGGCGAUAUCGCUUUAUUAUCUUUCUUAGGAGUGAAGAGAACUUUUUGGUUGCUUCCUGAUGAUCAGUUGUCAUCGACAGAGCUUGUAGCAUCACACGAUAAACGCCCAUACAUAACAGCGAUCGAACUGUUGGAAGAUAUAAGUACAACGUACAGUCCUAUGGGGAAGAUUGAGGUGAUCAGGAAGACAUUCGCCAUGAUACAUAAGGAGAUUGAGAAUCAUUAUGUCGGCGUACGCCACGUGCUAGCCAUGGAUGACUUAUUUCCAUUAUUUCAAUAUAUCGUCAUCAGAGCAAGAGUGCCACACCUUGGAUCAGAAAUACAGUUUAUUGAAGAUUUAGCCGACCAAUCUGUGCUGGUCGGAGAAGCUGGACACAUGGUCACCACUUUAAGUGCAUGCUACUUCCAAAUACAAAACGAACGUGACCGAGAUUAGCAAAGUAUCAAGUGUACGUGACCGAGAAUAUUAAAGUACUAAAAUGCCGUGGUCGAGAUAAAUAAAAGUUUGAAGAACACCUUGUCAAACUCGUAUUCUCAAGUAAAGACGUGAUCUGUGGUGAAAUAAUCCGUAUUUUGGACGAAUAUGUUUUAUAUACUGAAUAUAAUGUACACUUCUUAUCAACUACAUCUAAACCAUGUCUCACAGAAAAGCUCGUGGGUAAUAGUCCUGUCAAUCAACUAUCAUAAUCUAGCCUGAAACCCCAUGAAUCUAUAAAUUUUAUGUACUUAGGACUUAAAACCCAAAGUGAAUUUUGAGCUCUUUCGAACACGGUGUCUUUGUUUGAUGUGUGACAUCACGAGUUUAAAAAGAAUCGGAGAAAAUUAAAAGAAUAAAAUAUUAUUUGGAUGAAAUAUUUUUGUGCAUAGAGAUUUUUUUAUUUUUUUUUUGUGACUAUUUUGUACAGAGUAAUUUAUAAGAGUUAGCAUUUUUUUUGGUGUUGUGUAGUGGUCACACUGACGAAAAAAAGGUUGUUUUACUAUUGUACAAAAAUUGCAAAUUAUUUAACCGAUCAGAUAAUUUGAAAUUGUUUAAAGAUCAUUUUUGGGUAAGUUUGUAUGCGUGCAUAUUGUAAAAAUUAAUGCAUACGAGCUUGUUGGCUCCUUUA